AUGUAUCAGAUAGGUCUGAAAGGCAAUAGUCUAGCUGAUGGCUCAGAUCUUGUAGGAAGACUUGCAGCAUCCCCUGAGCUUCCCUUGUUAAAAGCCAUUAUUUUCCUCUGGUUGGUAGAUUAUCACCAACAUGAUUUUCAAUCCAUUGAUCAGAAACCAGUAGGAUUCCAGGUGAAGCAUAUGUACAUACUGCUUGGCCUCAGAAGAAAUGCACAAGGAUAUGAUUGUUCACACAUCAAGGAAAGAAACAAUUCCUCUGCCAGUGGAAUUUACACAAUAAAACCUAUUGGAGCUAAAUCAUCUUUUCAGGUAUUUUGCGAAAUGCGAGAUGAUGGUGGAUGGACAGUCAUACAGAAACACAAUGGAAACGAUGGGUUGUCUUUUGACAGAACAUGGGCUGAGUACAAAAUGGGAUUUGGAAAUAUCUCCAAAGAACACUGGUUGGGUCUUGAGAACAUGAAGAUGCUUACAAACCAGGCUGAUAGAACAUCUGAGUUGCUCAUCAGCCUUUGGGAGUUUGGUGGAUCUGAGGCUUUCGCAUUUUACAGCACCUUCAAAGUUGGUCUUGAGAUAAAUUUCUACCAGCUCUCAGUGGGAAACUAUUUUGGGAAUGCAGGCGAUGCUUUUAAAGGAGACAAAUCUGAUACAAAUGAAAAUGGCAGCUUUUUUAGUUCCAAGGAUAAAGAUAAUGACAAAUGCAAUCCAUGUUCUUCUGGUGACUUGGUUUACAAAAGCUGCUCCAAUGACCGUUUUCACUCUGGAUGGUGGUUUAACAGAUGUGGCAUUGCAAACCUUAAUGGCCAAUGGCGCCCAAAAGGACUAAACAAGGGCUGGGCUUCUGCAGUGCAUUGGCAAACAUGGAGAAAAAAUGAGUCACUGAAAUCCAGCAUGAUGUAUCUGCGGCACCAUUAG